AUUAAGAAAUUGUUUAACUACAGCGAAAGACUAUACAAGCCUUAUACAGAGAUCAUAAAGCAACGUUGGGAUCAACAACUAAAGAAAAGCAUUCAUUCAGCAGCUUAUUGGUUGAAUCCAUGUUUCCAAUAUGAUCAGGAAAACUUUUGUAAUAAGCCAAAUGUUAUUGGAGGUGUUAUGGAUGUUAUUGAUCAAAAAGUUUUGAAAGGCAAGAUUGAAACAAUGAAUGAAAUGAGGUUAUUUCGUGAUCGAUUGGGAAGUUUUGGGAGAGACCUUGCUUAUUCUUCACGUGAAGUACUUCAACCUGAUGAAUGGUGGAGGCUACAUGGAUAUAGUGCACCACAUUUACAAAAGUUGGCCAUUCAAAUAUUGAGCCAAACCGCAUCGUCUUCUGGAUGUGAGAGGAAUUGGAGUGUCUUUGAACGUAUACAUACCAAAAGAAGGAAUAGAUUGGAACAUCAAAGGCUUAAUGAUCUUGUAUACGUUCAUUACAAUUUGCGGCUAAAAAAUCGGUUUUAUAACAAGAAAAGAAUCUAUGAUCCCAUUGACUAUGCAUGCAUUGAUGAGACCGAUUUUUGGGUAGUUGAUGACGAUCAGCCAGCAGAGCUAGAUGUUGAAGAAUUGGAAAAUCUUCUAUAUGAAGAAGGGUCAAUUCCAAUAAAUGAAGUGGAAGGUUCAAGUUCUCACAUUGGUUAG